GUAAAGGAUGAACACUCAUUUCAUUUCUGUGUUUCAAGAGUAAAAGCCUUUCAGUAGCCUCUCAGUAGCAGUAGGAUAGAGCAACAUAGAGGGGCUUUAAGUUGUUAAUCUGUGGAGGGAUGUUACUGUGUUUACGAUGACCGAGUGUUGGACUGUGUGGGACUGUCCAGACUGCUCGGUGAAGGAGAGGCAGAGCUCUCUGUGGACGAUGAACCGCUACACCACACUGAAGCAGCUGGGGGAUGGCACAUAUGGCAGCGUGCUCCUGGCCAAGAGCAAUGAGACUGGGGAGCUGGUGGCCAUAAAGAGAAUGAAGAGGAAGUUUUAUUCUUGGGAUGAGUGCUUGAAUCUAAGAGAGGUGAAGUCGUUGAAGAAGCUGAACCACGCCAAUGUGGUGAAACUGAGGGAGGUCAUCAGAGAAAAUGACUACCUGUACUUUGUGUUUGAGUAUAUGAAAGAAAACCUCUAUCAGCUCAUGAAAGAAAGAAACAAGUUGUUCCCUGAGUCAGUCGUCAGAAACAUGACAUUUCAGAUAUUACAGGGACUGUCCUUUAUUCAUAAACAUGGGUAUUUCCAUCGUGAUAUGAAACCAGAGAACUUGCUCUGCAUGGGCCCAGAGCUGGUUAAGAUCGCUGACUUUGGACUAGCUAGAGAAAUCCGCUCGCAGCCACCUUACACCGAUUAUGUGUCCACAAGAUGGUACAGAGCCCCAGAAGUUCUGCUGAAGUCGAACUCCUACAGCUCACCCAUCGACAUCUGGGCUGUGGGAUGCAUCAUGGCAGAGCUCUACACGCUCGAACCCCUGUUCCCUGGCAACAGCGAGGUGGACGAGAUCUUCAAGAUCUGUCAGGUGCUGGGAACGCUGAAGCAGUCGGACUGGCCUGAGGGCUACAACCUGGCCACCUCGAUGAACUUCCGCUUCCCAAAGUGUUUCCCCACCAGCCUGAAAUCCCUGAUCCCCAGUGCCAGCAGCGAGGCGAUCACACUGAUGAAGGACAUGCUACAGUGGGACCCCGAGAAAAGGCCGAGUGCUUUGCAGGCUCUACGUUAUCCAUACUUCCAUGUGGGCCAGGCGCUCGGUGCUCGUCUAAAAUACUCAGAGCAGCACAAGGUUCAGGCAAAGGUGUCCGAAGCGGCUGCAGAGACAAAGCCUCUGUCCCUCUGUAAGACAAACCUAGAGUUCAGCGAGCCAAGUAAGACUCAGGCAGAGCUGCAGACCUGCAGCCAAUUUCUCCACCAGCCCCUUCAGCAGAUCUCCCUCCCUCAGUACAACAUGGAGCCAAGCACAAAACAAGCAAUGUGUUUCAGCACGCUGCCAGAGGGGCAGCAGGAACCCCUCAGCCUGGUGAAAAACAGACAACCGAUGAGCCAGCAGGCUCCUACAAGAGCAGCGCCCACAGGAGCAGAGAACAACAUCACUGGAAUGAGGUCGGCACGUCGGCGGUGGGGCCAGAUGUCUUUCAAGUCCGUGGACAGCUGGGACGACGGAGAGGACGCAGACGCUGGAGUUUCCAUUUCCAAAAAACCCACAAUCAGCUCUCUCAAGGACUAUGCACUGGAGGGGUCCGGCUAUCGAUUUCCAGAGUCAAAGAACAAUACAACAGCGAAGCUGUCGAGCAACAGGGGGCUGAACAGAGCUGACUCCAGCACCUUGUCUGCCAAGCAGCACUACCUCCGCCAGUCCAGAUAUCUGCCAGGCGUGAAUCCGAAAAACAACCCUUCAGUGGGAAACCAGGUGGUCAGCAGAAACCCGUGGGGCAGCUCGGGUUUAACCAGAGGACAGGGGCUGGAGUCCCCUCUACACAAAGAUAUUAGUCUUUGUAAACUAACAGAUAAGCAGCCCCUAAAAGAAAAGACUCUGGAGGAUCUUGAUCUUAACAAAGACUCCUUCAUGAGCAACUCCAACAACCCAGCCAAGACAUACAUUUCACCUUUUCAGAAGACUGAAACAGGAGCAGCGAGACAGAGGAUUACACUGGCCCCGAUAGGAGGCACCUCUGCCAUUGAUCUGUCAUCUGCUGCUGAUCUCAGAGUCGAGUCUAAAAUCAAACCGUCCAAGAGCAAGCCCUCCUUAAGUAAACUCUCAAAUGAAGAAUACGAAGGGUGGAGGUACAGGUCUCAGAAUCCUCAGAUCCCUGGACCCAGCCUUACAGCGAAGACCACCAUUUCUAAGAGCACAAACAUCCAGCCCGUGCACGGACGAGUAGACUGGACCGCCAAAUACGGAGGUCACCAGUAGCACAGCUCUGCUCCACCAGUGACUCAUGGGAAAAUCCCCACUGCACUUUUGCCAGGAAAUACAGACUUCAGAGGAGAAGCUGCCAACAUUGUGCAGAAUGCUGUUACA